AUGGUACAAGUAUAUAAGGUUUUGAUGACUUAUGCAGAUUUAGUUCCACAUAGGAGCUGGAAUCAAGGACCUGUCAAAAUUGGAAUCAAUCAUCAAUUCUUUAACUCCUUGACAUGUUUUGCAGAUGAAAUCUCAGAUCUUGUCCUUGCCAAGGUGAAGGGACAUCCAGCUUGGCCUGCUUGGACUAUCAAUCUUUUGAGACAAACAGAAAAUUGCCCAGAAACCUCUCAUCUAGUGAAGUUUUUCAGACAGGGGAUUAUGCCUGGACAAAACAAAGGAGAUGGUCCAAUUGGAAGCACCAUAAAUCAAGAACAGGAAGCCCAUUUACGUCGCCAAUUACAACACUUGGGUGCUCUUGAGUUGGAUGAAGUAGGAGUUGGUGAGAGCAAAGAAACCCCAGCCAUUCAUCAUCACCAAAGACAUCUUAAGUAA